AUGCGACAAGUCGUAUUGUGCUCGAUCGAGAAAGGGAGCCUGCUUCGUGUGAGGGCUCAUGAGCACGACCGUAUCGCAAGCCACAUCGUGGUUUCAGCCCCAAGCUUGCGGGUGCCCCCACAAAAUGCCCGUGCUGCUGCCGCUCCUCGGCGGCAUUUUCCCUGCUGUGGACUAUUAAAUCCUGUCCCUCCCGAAGUUCCGAGGCAAAGUGCAGCCCAGCAAACUUUGCCGGCUGCUGAUGAGCCGCCGAGCCCUCCGAGCCCUGCGAGCCCUGCGCGAAGCGUGUCCAAGCUCCAGAGCAUGCGCAGUGCCCGCAGUGCUCGCAGUGGGCAGAGCCGGGGUAGUGGCGACAGUGCCAUUCGCGGAGUCGUCGCAUCAGAUGCCUCUGACGAGAUCGACUCGCAGGCGCGGGUGCAAAUUGUGAUUUCACAGAUCGAUGACUUCGACGACAUCGCCAGGGAACCCUCCCUGCAUGCCCCUGCAGCAAGACAGGCAUCCAUUCCUGUGCGGCCAGCCUCUGUGAGGACAGACACGGAUCCUUCCGCUCCACCGGACUUCGAAUCGGAAAUAGACAAAGCCAUUUCUAUCGGGUCCCCAACGAAGGCUUCUAAGGUGAAUCCGUGCUCUGGAUUACUGCAGGCUCCGUGUUGGCGAGACGGUCGUUGGCGCAAGUGCUGCCUGGUCACGAGUGUCUUGGCCUGGCUGGUGGUCAUUGCUUUGGGCAUUUCCAUGGCACUCCUCUGGCCGCGUGAUCCGACCUGGCGGCUCACGAGCCUUCAGAUGGACGUGGAUGCGUUGAUGAGCUUGGUCACGGCGGCCUCGGGCGGUCCCUCGGUCAUCGACACAGCCACUGUGCCAGAUCAAGUCUUCCGUGCAGAGGUGGAAGUGAACAAUCCGAAUCUAGUUGGGGCUGAGAGCAAGCCGGGCGAGAUUCACUUGGUGUUUGAAGGCCGUAGAAUGGGUGCAGGGAUCACCGGGCCCAUGUCGCUCCCACCGCAAUCUGCAGCAACUGUGGUGGCAGAAGGAACGCUGCAGGUUGACAAGGAGCUUCUUCAGGCCAUGGCUCGAGAACUGGCUUCCGAGACUCCCACACUCACUUUUCAACUCCGUGCCGAGUCCGACUUUCAAAGCCUUUUUGGGCUGGAGCUCCACUACGAGAUGCUCUGCACGAUUGACUUUUCCAUUCCUGAUCUCAUGAUGGCCGACACACGCGCCAGAGCAGUCACAGGCAGGGGUUGUGAGCACACCUACUUCUGA